GCGAAAUUUUAUCUAUUUCAAACUAUUUCUUCGAUUACAUCUAAUUGAUGACUAGAAAACUCAAUGGGUUGUUGUGAUGAUUUCUUGAAAUAAUAUACAACAUAAGCUCAGGGGAAUUCAUAAUCCCAUCCUAUUAAGUCUUAUUGUUUUUCUUUAAGUAAGUUGCAUUUUUAUGGUAGUUUUUCAAGAAUAUCUUAAUCUAAUAUAUUUAAAGUAGAUCCAAGCUUGAUUAUGUUAAUAAUAACGCUAGUCAGGUUUGUGUCACUCGUUUUAUAUUUGAUCAUGUUUGAUUCUGUUUGUUGUUGUACUUCAGUCAAUCAAUCAACUGUUAUGAGAACUAGAAAAAAGAAACCAAAUCCAAUGUUUAUUUUUAUGUAGGGAUAUGCUCCAUACAGAAAGAAUUGUUUUUUUUUUAUUAAAGAGAAUUUAGUGAGAGAAGAAGCUUCAAAGCAAGGGCUAUUGCCAAUGAUCCUAAUAUUAGAUAUGAAUGCAACAAUGUUAGUAUGCUUCUGAAAUUGUAGAAUGAUUGACAAGUACAGCUGCCGCUUAGAAAGCUUGAUGCUACUAGCUGGUUAAUGAGCAAGUUGUAUUGAACGUUAGGCUGCAUGUAUGAUUGUGUUCUAUAUUUCUAUCCCUAAGUCAAUGGCACAAAAGAGAAAAAAGAAUAUUAGGGAAAUACGCUGCCCUAGAGUUUUAGGUGGAGAGCUUGCCAGAGAACAGCCACCAACAAGUUUAUACGACAUAGACACACCUCGUCCCAAAUCUGCUUGGUCAGAUGCAAGUGCUGAAUUUGUUGACAUCGCACAGUAUGGCAUAGUUGAAGUUUCUGGUGUCGAUCUCCAGGGUCGACCAGUCAUUCUAGUCAGUGCUUGUAAACUGCCUUCAAACAAAGUUCUUGACCAAGGAAAGUUUCUCAAAUACUUGAAACAUACUUUGAAUAAAUAUGUUGAAUCGGACUACAGUCUCGUCUAUUUACAUCAUGGAUUACACAGUGGCAACAAACCAACCAUGUCAUUUGUUAUUGAUGCUUACAAGGAAUUUGACAGAAAAUACAAGAAAAACAUCAAAGCGUUUUAUAUUGUUCAUCCAACUAAUUUUAUUCGUAUAAUGAUGAAUAUAAUGAAACCGUUCAUCAGUAUCAAAUUUGGCAGAAAACUUCGGUACAUCAAUUAUUUAUGUGAAAUGAGCGAUACUCUUCAAAUUUCUCAACUCAAUAUUCCACCUGAAGUAAUUAAACGAGAUGAAGAACUAGUGAGCAAGUCUCGUUCAAGUUGGAGGUUUAGAGAAGAUGUUGCAAACAGUUCCAAAUCAGUUGAACCAUUAACCACGCAACAGUUUGGGGUUUCACUCCAAUUUCUUGAAGAAAACAAUCCUGGUUUCAAGUUGCCUAAAGUGAUGGUGGAGACUAUUUCAUAUUUGAAAGAAUAUGGUAUGGAAACAGAAGGAUUAUUUCGAAGAUCGGCAUCUGCAGUUGCAUUGAAAGAAGUUCAGAAUAAAUACAACACUGGUCAACCGGUUACGUUCGAUGAUCCACAUCUUGCUGCUGUAACAUUAAAAGCAUUUCUUCGUCAACUUCCUGAGCCUUUGCUUACUUAUGGACUAUAUGAAUAUAUUCUUAACAUAACACAUGUUGAAGAAGACACGAGACCUCGAGUUAUCACAGAGUUAAUUCAAAAACUUCCCACAAUCAAUUUUAAUGCUUUAAGAAUGCUGAUAUUGUUUUUGGCUGAAGUAGUUAAACAUUGUGAUGUUAAUCUGAUGGAUGACAAUAAUUUGGCUGUUGUGUUUGGGCCUAACUUGGUCUGGUCUACUGAGGUUGCUUCUCUUGUUGCGAUGGGUCCAAUCAAUACAUUCACACGUCUGUUAUUAAUUCAUCAUCAAGAACUCUUCAGUGAAGAUUCAGAUUGUUAAAAAAUCAUAAAGUUUGAUCACAUUAACAUGUUUACUUGUUAGAAAAUUCUUCAACAAACUAACUAUCUUCAUAUCGGUGUUAUUUAUUUUUAUCACUUGGGUAAAUUGGUCGUGUUGCUCUUAUCAUUAACCAUAUAUGAAGGGUGUUUAUGAAUCUUGUGUUCAUGCUCAUUGCUCCCAAUGUAGGCUACAUAUAUUUUUGUUGGUAUCAGACAAGCUGGAAGCGGGACACUCGUAAAUUUCAAUGCUGGAUAUUGCUGUUCUUUAAAUGGCUUUUAUUCAAGCUAUUGUUUUUGAGUUGCUACAUUUUGGAAAGCCUGUAUAUUUUGUAUUCCCGAUAUUAUUGUGAGAUUGUUACUUAAAAUUGCUUUUACGAAGCUUUGGGUAUGGUUGUUUGAAGUGUUGGGGUUUGGCUUGAAGCAAAGUGUUUUGCUAUUUUCUGCAUUUUACUGGCAUGUUCAAUUCAAGUGUUAUACCCUAAUUAGAAAUUUUAUUUAUAAGUAUAGGAACUACAUUCCAUAUUUUGCAUCUCUGCUAAUGGUUAGUGACUCAAUAGUUGAACAAAUUUAUAUUUCUUUAACUUUAAAUGAACAUGAAGCAUUGUGUGUAUGCUAUGACUGACUUUAUUGCAUCGAAAUACCAGAAGAGUCUUUGGUAUUCAUUUGAAGCAAAAUUUUCCUUUCCAUCUAAUUUAAAGAAAAUUGCUGUAGUCAUUUUUCUAGCAUACAUGAAUGAGGUUUAUGUUGUCGAUGCCAAAAGGGUAUAGAUAGCGUCCAAUGAUUAGUUCUGGCCUCAUUAUCAUUAAGUUUUAUGAAUUUACUGUGCUAAGACUCGCUAUCUAAAAGAUUGAGUCAUCCAUAUUUAUUAGAGACCCUGUCCUGGUUUUCUCAUAAACCGAUUAAUAUUUGUGUAUUUGUACUCUUUUUUUUUAUCUUUACUUUUUUUCAUUAUUUUACUGGUGCAAUCUUGUGAUUAAAUUAACAAACUAAGCUUUUUUUUUUAAAAACGAUUGAUUGCCUAUGCUAUGGUGUUCAGUCAAGCCAUGACAGAUAACCUCUAUUGACUUGUGAAAGCCAUUUUGAUAAAUUAAAGUACUCAUUCUUAGGCGUCAAAAUAAGAAAAUUCAAAAAUAUCUACCACAGCUAACAUAAUGGCAAGACAUCGACUGGAAAUUGUUUCCGCAUUUAGGAAACUUUAUUAUGGUAUCAUUUUUGUUUUUGAACCCUAUUGAUUUGUCUAUGUGAUCCAAACGUUUCAAGUUAUUUAGACUUUAAAGCAAUAUGUUUCUGUAUUCAAUAUGUUAACGGCGUCAAUAA